AUGGACCAGCAGGCCCAGACUCUAUUGACGACGCUCAAACGCUCAUCUGCUGCCUCGGACGCGAAGCUCACCCAGCUGAACAAUCUCAAGUCUGACAUCAAGCACCACCGAGUCCCCGACAAUGCACAGCCCAUUAUCUUUGAGUGUCUCCGAGUCGCCUUGACUCAACAAGCCUCGAGUACCCUCGCCACUGCUGCAUUCACCACGCUGGGUCAUCUUCUUAAGCGUCUGAAGAUCCAGGACCCUGAUGGCUCUGCCAUUGUCCAACACGCCCCCAAACUCUUCGCCGCUCUACAAGAAAGACUAGGCGACCUUCGCGAGAACCACCGUAAUGCUGCAUCGCAAGCUUUCGCCGACGCCUGGCACUUUUGCGCCCACGACGUCGAGCACAUCAUUCGUGACGAAGUCAUCCCCGGCGCAAACGUGCGAGCAAAGGAUACAGCCAUGCACUGGGUUGUGCGCAUGAACCGCGACGAAGCCUUGCCUUUCAAGAGUUUUGUGCCUUUGAUGGUCGCGAACCUGGAGGAUCAUGACGGCGCAGUUCGCGAUUCGGCAAAGAGUGCUCUGGUUGACCUUUUCCGGUACAAANNUGCCCCAGACCGCGCAAAGGCCGACCUCAAGAAACAAUUGAACCUGCAUGGUGUUCGCACAGGCAUCGCAUCUCAGAUUCUCACACAAAUCGAUUCAGACAAAGCAUCCGCGCCCGCAAUAGACAUGUCGCAGUCCACUCGUUCCCUCCCCGUUCUCGAUCCCCAUCUCGCCGAGAGCAUCAACAGCGAGGCCGCUCGCCCGCCCCCACCUGAGGAGAUUCCAAUGGACCCCAUCUUCGUUCAUUCGCAGAGAGAGCUUGAGGAUACUUUCAGUGAUAUGCUUCCUUAUUUCGAAGGCAGGGAGAGUGAAGAGAACUGGGGAAACCGCGACAAGAGCGUUACCAAGAUGAGGCGGCUCUUGAAGGGAAACGCACCCACCGACUACCACACUCUCUUCAUGUCCUCAAUGAAGCAUAUGCAGGCCGGGAUCAUCAAGGUCGCCAGCUCUUUGAGAACAACGACUUCGACCAACGGCUGUAAUCUGGUCCAAGAACUGGCCAGAACCCUGGGUCCAGCACUCGAUCCAAUGGUCGAAAUUUACCUGCAGACAUUUGUCAAGAUGUGUGCAGCUACCAAAAACAUUGCUGCUCAGAAUGGCAAUCAGACGGUUGAUACCAUCUACCAAUACGUUUCGUACAACAUCCGCACCAUGCAACAUGUCUGGAUCGCCUGUCAGGACAAGAAUGUUCAACCGAGAACUUUUGCCUCGGGCUGGCUUCGUACCAUCCUCAGCAGACAAGCUGGUGCAAAGUCUCACUUCGAGAGUACUGGAGGCCUUGAGCUCGCCGAGAAGUGUGUGAAACAUGGGCUCAACGAUUCGCAGCCCAAGGUCAAGGAGGCCAUGAGAGCUACUUACUGGGCCCUCGCCAAGGUUUGGCCUAACAGAGCCGAGCUUAUCAUGAACACUCUCGAUCCAAAGGCAAGGAUCGCUCUCGAGAAACACUCGCUCAAUCCAAACGCGUCUACUUCCAGUGCUUCGACUCUUCGUACCUCUACCGCGAGCAGGGCGGGUGCAGCGUCAAAAUCUUCUGUCAGAGAUGCCAUCAUGGCGGCACGCAAGAAGGCUCAGGCCGAAAGUCGUCCAAACUCUGCCAUGGCCAGUGUCUCACCUGCCACUGUGAGAUCGAAAUCAUCGAACAACCUUUCUGCCCGUCAACCAUCCGCUGUACCGCCUGCUUCUGCUCGUGUUCCCUCGGCCGCCUCUACUUCUUCGUCCACUUCAACCAGUGCAAGACCCAACGCUUUAAUGUCUGGAGCUGCAAGACGGCCUGUCAGACGUCCUGAGAUCGCUCGUCCAGCCACAGCAGAUCCCUAUGCAAGCCGCAGACUGGCUAGGCCAGAGACACCCUCUAUCAAGAGUCCUGUCACCAGCCCCCGACAAGAAGUUGCAUCUACCUCUGUCGGCACAUCCGCAAGCAAAAACCGCACAGACAGGGGCAGUCCAGCGUUAAGUCCGUUCCGUCAGUCCUACUUAUCUCCAAGAUCGGCCGCGAACAGGACGCGACCCUCGAGUAGAGAUAGCAAGGCGGAAGAGCCAAUCGCGCCAAAAGAAGAUGAAUUCGCUUCCUUUGUACCAACAUCGUACAGGAGUCAUCUCCCGACCUCCCCAAAUUCAACCAAGAGCCAUCUGCCUACGUCUCCACAGUCGACACUACGCAGGCCAGCAUUAAAUGGCUCAGCAUCUGUGGACAGUGUGAUCCCUGUGGUCGCUGACGACACCUUUACUAUGGAGUUGCCAACCGUACACAGAUCACAAGUGCCCGUCUUCGAGCGUCGUGCUUCACACCUGUCGACCGUCGAGCCUACGACGGAUGUCCAACCAUCAGAGCCACAACAAUACACACGACGCGCGUCAGAUCGAAACGAUUCACCCGUUACAAUCAGUCACCAGCCCAGUCCUCAGCGUGAAGUCAGUCCUGCAAAAUCUACUGGUGCUGCAGCAUCCCCUCUACCCUCUCUAGCACCAGCUGCUCAGAUCGAGUCAGCCGCACCUCAGACUGAAGAAGCCGCUUUCCAAAUUCAUGAAGAUCCUUUCAUGGAGGGCAUAGAAGCUUCAGAAGCCCAAAAGAUGCAACAGUCACAAGAUGCUCGCAGCGUAUUAGGUGAGGUUCCUGUCAAUGAGUUUAGCCAAGUUUCGAUCGCCGAAAGCUCCAAUCACGAGGAGAUGCCUAGAACAGAAGACUCACCGCCACAGAGCCCGCAAACCAAGUCCGAGACUUUGCGCUCUAGGAAGCUUCUCAUGUCGGGUAUCGAACGCAUCCGAGGACGUACUCUUGAUGCGCAUGGCUUCAGAAAGGUGCUUGAGCUGAUAAAAUCAUCAGAGUCUGGCGAAAUAUUUGGCUCAGUUGGUGAGGGCAGACGUUUUGAUGACUUGUGCAGUGUUCUCCUCGAUUACAUUGUCGAGUCCUCGGAUGCUGCAGCAAACCCUGCUGUGCGACAUUCGCAAGAGCUCCGAAGACAGGCUACUAGUGUGAUGAGAACAGUGCUUAGUGCGCAGCAACCACCUUAUAGGAAGUGGAUCGCUUCUGGACGGUGGUACUCUCGUGCUCUUACUGGAGCGCUCGACGCACGCAAGAAUGUCGAAGGUUCAGGACUGUUAGUCAAAGAUCUCGAAGCACUAGCCAGCGAUGUUAUAGCCAGAAUCAACCCCGACGAGGGCGAGAGGGCGAUAAUCGAGUGGCUCGAGCUUCGUGUAUCGGAAGCAGAUUACGAUACGCAGGAGCAAGAGCUGGAUGGUGCCGUUGCGGCGAUCCAAACCAGACAUGGCGACGAGAGCAUGGUGCGCAAGAACAAGGCAAUGGCACUCGCGCUUCGCAACCUGGCUGCUCUGAUUGCAUCGACUACAGUAACUGCCUCUCCAUUGUCGAAAGACUUGGGCGAACGUGCCGGUCGUCUUGCUGUCAUCUCCCUACGCUCCAAGGAUGCAGAGGUGCGCAAGUCAUCCGUCGAGUUGGCAACACAAUUGCACAUGAGCUGGCCAUCAGAUGCCGAAGCUCAAGGCGAUUCAAAGAAUGAAUUCUGGAGUAUGUUGGACAAGAACGGUCUGCAGGAAAGCGCGCGCAACUUGAUCGUCUACUUCAUCGCCCGCAGAGAGAGGGAGCAGUUAAGCGGCGACAAGUGUCGGUAUAGUAGGAUACCUUUCAUUUUCUCUUUCUUUUACUCUCAUGAUUCUGGGCACAAGGAACGACACAGCAUGAUAUCACAAAAGCGGGAAGGGGAAAGAGGUGGCGCUUGA